UAAACCACAUUAGAGUUGAGAUAAACUACAACACUGAGUUAUGCUCAUCAUGUAUGAGUCUUAUACGACUGACCUUGGGAACAUUACGUUUCCAACAUGGGCAUCAUACUCUGACAGUCAAGAUGUCGCUCCCUGUAAACAAGAGGAGAGCAAGGUCUUCGACAGACAUUUUGUGCCAAUGUUUUACUCCAUCUUGUUCAUCCUUGGAUUGCUGGGGAAUGGUCUCGUUAUCGUGGUCACGCUGACACAGCGUAAUCAGAAAAUACAGAGUACGGACAUGUUCAUUUUACACCUGGCUGUUGCUGACAUCUUACUGACUAUCACUCUACCAUUCUGGGCAGUACAGGCAACUUAUGGUUGGAUUUUUGGUGAAGCCUUUUGUAAAAUUGUGGCCUCUGUCUUUAAAAUCAACUUCUAUGCUAGCACCUUUCUACUUCUCUGUAUCAGCCUUGAUCGCUAUAUCUCAAUUGUGUUUGCUGUCCAGAUCUACAAGAAGCAGAGACUGCACUACGUUCAUUGGAGUUGUUUAGCGGUUUGGUGCAUCUGCAUUGCAUUUUGUAUCCCUGAUGCCAUGUAUUACUCUGUUAACUAUGAGUCCCGUACUUUUACGACUGAGUGUGGGCCAUAUUUUCCCCCAUCUACAUCCAAGACCUGGAAAGCAUCCCUGGCAUUUGUGUAUCACUUCUGUGGCUUCUUGAUACCCUUUUCUGGUAUGCUGUACUGUUAUUCGCAUAUUGUUGUUACCCUGCUUAGAUCCAAAGGGUUUAAGAAACAUAAAGCACUCAGACUGAUCAUUGCUAUUGUGGCGGCUUUCUUCUUAUGCUGGACACCAUAUAAUGUUACAGCGCUCCUAGACACACUGAGCAUGCUGGGAAGCUUUGAAGGUAACUGUAGCUUUGAAAAAAACAUUGAUAUUGCAUUGUCCAUUACAUCAGGGUUCUGCUUCCUUCACAGCUGCUUAAACCCUGUGCUCUAUGUUUUUAUUGGAGAAAAAUUCAGAAGUAACCUAGCCGAGCUACUGGUUCACACAAGACUGUGUCCAAAUCUAGCAGCACCAUACAUCAGACGACCUUCAACAAGAUCUUCUACGUGGUCAGAGUCUGGCGAUACAUCUAUGUCUGGAAUUUAUUAGACAAUGAAAGGGAUAGACCAAAAGAACCUCUUAUGAACAAAGAGGAGCAAGAAAACAAGGACAAUUGGCUCCAUUUGCAAUAUACCCGAUCUACACCCAGGACCCGUUUUGAGAGAAGGCCUACAUUUUAAAGGCUUGCAUUCAAAGGCUUGCAUUCCUUUCCUUAAUCCGUCAUUCCAGCCCUGUAUGCCAACUUGAUAUUUUAGGGGUUGGAGCAACAGAAAGAUGAACAUACUGGUUUGUUGUUAAAUGUUUACAUAUGUAAACAGUUUCAAUGAAAGGAGUAGCUGGACGGAAAGAGAGGACAUAGUUGGGGUCUCUUGAUGAGGGCCUGUGACAGUCCCUUAGCUGUAUACCUGAUAUCAUAACCUGGAGGGGCCAUCAGAGGAGGAAGAUUUCAUCUGAAGGAAAAGAUGGUAGCACAAGGGACAUAUCAAAUUAAAGCAAAGUAAUGCCCCUUAUGCUGAUUUUUGAUUUUUGUUUUUAAGCUAAAUUGAGACUUUAAGGGCAUUGCAAAUGACAAGGGGACUCUUUAGGACUGACAUACUUUUACAAAAUUUAAAUUGGAGAGUGAAACAUUUGGUGCAACUCUGCACAGAAUCCAACUCGCUUCCAUUUUUUUUAGAAGGCUUAAUUGAAAAAGCUGAAGUUAGAAGCUGAUUGGCUACCGUUCACAGCUGCACCACAUUUUGCACUAUCCAGUUUUAGGCUGGGUUCACACUUGUAUGACAAACACUCCGACAUUAGGAGCUAAUGUCGCAUGACAUAUGAAAAUCAAUGGUUCCCUAUGGGAGCCGUCUUAACUGGUCCAACACAAGUCGGUCCAAGUUAAAAAAAAGUU